GUUAAAUGUGUCAUUGAUGGUACGUAAGUACGUAUAUAAGGUGCCCUCGGGAGCAGAUGCUUCAGUAUCUGCCGCUGCGUAGCCUCAUAAAACGCACACGAAUAUUUGAAGCUCUAAAAUGUUGUGGAAACUCUUCUACGUCGCUACACUAGCUGUAGGUGUGUUCGGACGCACCACGUUUGAUGGUGUUUCGAAUAUGUACAACUAUGACCCAUAUGAUGAGUAUAGUGAAAUACUCGCCACAGAAUAUUGUAAGGCCAGUCAUGCUGAGCAAAAGAUCUCAGAAGUUAAGUCUUCCAUAAAAACGUUCGCAAGCUGUUUCCUCAGCGUGUUUGAUACUGCUACUAUUAGCGCCGAUUUUGAGGUGGCACAGGCCAGUGGAUCUUAUGACGCAGUAAUCAGGAAGUACUGUACUAAAGCACCACAGCUGAAGGAAUGUGCUCGCGGGCUGGUCGAAGGCAUGAGUCCAUGCUUACCGGCCGAAAGUACUGCCACGGGGCUAAAGAGCACCAACACACUGAUCGACUUCGUUUGCGACAACGAUGGCGCGAGGGUUUCCUCAUUUGUUAAAGAAGGAGGCCCUCAGUGCAUUAAAGAGAACCAAAUUGAUAUGGCAUUUUGCCAAGAAGCCAUGAAGUCCAACGCCACUAAACUUAUGGAGAAAUAUGGAGGUGGAGUGGCCGGCUCACUGGCAAUACCUGAAAAGGAGAGGUGUACUCUCACGGACCAGGGUUUGAUGUGUCUGGUGAACGUGCUAAAGGGCUGCUCAAACCCCAUCCCCGGAAGAUUGGGUCAGGAGUUCCACGAUGUCUACUUAGAGAGCAUGUCCUGCUCUGAGGUAACACAAGAGCAUCAAACAGAAGUUGUAGUAGGGAAAGUAGAUGUUGCUCAGAUGAUAUCGGGUCCAGUAAUAAGCGAAGACGUGGAGCAACUGAAGAAAAAGAAGCUGGAAUUAGAAGUACGGAUUGCGGAACUAGAGAUGUGGAACAGAGAAAACGAACUGAACGUACAGCAUACUGUCCUCACUUCGGACAUAAAGAAGAAUUGAAGACCCGUUGUAGCUUAAAUACAUACGAAGAUUACGAAGUCCCUGGUAUUUAUAGAAGGGCACUACAAAGUUGCAUAUCUAAUUUUGACGCUAACUUUGUAGUAAAGUAAAACACUGGCAAAGUGAGUUUUUUAAAGGUUUUCUUGUACUUAAUUAACUAUCUAAUAUUUUGCUAUCAUUGCAAGUAUAACUUGCAUACCUAAGUUAAUAUUCAUAUUUCUUUAACGUCUUUUAAACAUCAGAUUAUUUUUUUUGCUGUAAUUUUUUUUUGCAAAGUAGGCAAAUGAAUGUAUUGUUUUUUUUUCAUAAAGGCUAUAAAACGAAAUAUAUAUUUCUAAUAUAUCGAAUGCCUUACGAUUAGGAGCCCCGUCUAACAGCAUCUUUAUCCAUGAAAUAAAAUGGAAUAUCUCUA